GUCUCAAUUGAACCACCACCACCACCACCAUCUCCCCUCUAAAUUCUGUGAUCGCCAGAAAAUAAAUACGCAAAUAUGUCUGAAGAACGCGAGACCAAGCCCUUCAAGUUCGUCACUGCUGGAUUCGACGCUCGAUUCCCUAACCAGAACCAAACUAAGCAUUGCUGGCAAAACUAUGUCGAUUAUCACAAGUGCAUCCUAGCCAAGGGCGAGGACUUCGCACCAUGCCGUCAAUUUUUCUUGGCUUACAAGUCAUUGUGCCCAAGUGCCUGGGUUGAGAGAUGGGAUGACCAACGUGACAACGGAACAUUCCCCACUCGAUUGGAUCAGUAAGGAAUUUGAGGGUUCUAGAGGGUUGCAUGGUGGGAUAGAGCAGAAGACGUUUACAAUGGAUAUGUAUCAUACAGAGCAUUAUGCGAAUUGAUGAGAAACGAUUCGGCUUGAAUAGACGUGCUUGAUUGAAAUUUGGUA